AUGGUCGCCGUAGAACGCGGAGAGUUCGACGACGCCGUGCCGUCGUCGCUGCAGCGCCUGUGUCUGCGGGCAGCCGUCGGCAGCGCCACGUGGCAGCGCCAGCCGCGGUCGAUGGAGCGCCUGCCGUCCCCGCUGGCGUCGGCGCUGCUGGCGGAGCUGCUCGCCGCGGGACGCGUCACGCCGCCGCUGCUCGAGCUGUUUGCCCCCUCAGCGGACCUCGUGGACCUCUCCUGCCCGCCGCUCGCCGCGCCUGCCGUCUCCCACACGCCAGCAGCGCUGCAGGCCCCCCACGCGCUCCUUCACCCUCCCCCCCACACCACGCCCACGUCUCCAGCCACUCCUCCAUUCUCGCCCUCGCUCUCCUCAUUCUCAUACGCGCCGCCUUCCUCCUAUUACGGCAUUCCAAACCCGUCAGAAGCCCUCUCCCCCUCGCCUCCUAUCUAUGCCAUGCCCCCCGGCCAAUCCAUUGACGCCACGUGGCUUGCCUACCUGGCAGACUUCCGCUGCCUUCGAUCGCUCCGGCUUGACAACUGUCGACACGUCACCGACUCUGCUCUCAGCAUGCUCUCAGCACUGCACGCCUUGGAGCAUCUGAGUCUCACCAACUGCCCUCUCGUCACCGCCACAUCUCUCACCGCCAUCCUCCCCCAUUGCCUGCCCGCCCUGCGCUCCUGCUGCCUCUCCGGCACGGCCGUUGGCAUGGGCGAGGGAGGGGCGGGAGGAAAGGGGGGCAGCGAGGAAUGGGGCGUGGCAGUGAAGGGCAGGCGGAGAAGCAAGGGCAGCAGGACGAGUGGCGGUGUUGGUGGUGGCGGCAGCAUGGCAGCACCUGCUGCGUUCAACACACCAUCUCCCUCCUCCAACUCUCCACCUGCUGUUUCCAGUGCAGCAGAUAGCUCAGCCUGUGUGCCAGCAGCAGCCCCGUCUGUGAUCUCUCUGCUCGCCCUUGCUCCUCACCUCACGCACCUGGAGCUGGGAGGCAUGCACCAUGCGCUGGAUGAUAGUGCCUUUCAGAAACUCACGUGCCUUUGGAAACUCACGGUGGGUGGGGAUGCGCCAUGCGCCAUCCUCCCAAUAUGCCUCAUCCUUCAAGCAGUCGCCCAUACUUGUCUCGCCCCUUCCACGCAGCUACCCCCCCACCCUCAUCUUCUCUACCCGCCCCCCCUCCCUCCUCCAGUCGUUGGUGCAUCUGCGCCAUCUGUCUGUGUGGGGCAGCAGCAUCACCAACGCCUCAGCGCCACUGCUCCUCUUUCCCCAUUCCCACUGUCCUCUUUCCACCCCCGCCCUCCCCACUUCCUCCCACCCCCCCAGUCGCUGGUUCACUUGCGCCAUCUGUCAGUGUGGGGCAGCAGCAUCACCAACGCCUCUGCCCCUCGCCUCCUCGCCUUCCCCCGCCUGCUCUCCGCCAACCUCGCCUGGACUGCCCUCUCCCACCUCCCCGCCCACCCCUCCCUCACCGCCCUCCACCUCUCCCACUGCCCCCUCCUUUCCAUCGGCUUCCCUCUCCCCUCCUCCCCUUCCUCCUCCCUAACCUCCUCCCCCUCCUCCGCUCCCUCCUCCCCACUCACUCAUCUCGUUCUCUCUGGUGCAUCCAUUGCUCCUCCCUCCUCCCUCUUCUCUCCUCACCUCCUCGCCUCCCUCACUCACCUCGACCUCUCCCACUCACGUGGCGCCACACUCCCUCCUCCUCCGCACCACCCUCCACCGCACUCCACUCCUCCCAUACGCCCUCACACCCCUCCCUGCGGACUGCAGUGGCUUCAAGCAGCGCUCUCUCUCACACACCUCGACCUCUCCACUGCUGCUGUCUCUGACUCUCUUCUGCUGCACCUCGCACACUCUCUCGCCCACACGGUCUAUCAGCUCCUACCCAUCCCUAAACUUUCCCCUUCUCUCUCUCUCUCCUCGUCCCUACUUUCUCCCCUGCACUCUCCGCAUCCCUACUUUCUCUCCUGCUCUCUCCUCAUCCCUACUCUCCCCCCUGCUCUCUCCCCAUCUCUGCUCUCUCCCUAUCCCUGCUCUCUUCUCUCCUCUGCUCCACUCUCCCUCUGCCCACCACGCAUUUCUAAUGCUAAAAUUUGCAAGUCAAGUCUUUCCUAUUUGUCACACCUGUCACUCGCCUCCUCACCCGACCUCUCCUCCAGGGGGCUGGCCGCGCUGCUGCCCCUCACCCCGUGCCUCACCUCGCUCUCCCUCGCCCACACCGCUGCCUCCAACUCCUGCCUGCCCCUCCUCGCCUCUCUGCCGCUCCUCUCCUCCCUCUGCCUCGACGGAUGCCCCAUCUCAGGUGGCACAUCGGAUGACAACUUGGAGGAUGGCGAGGAGGAGGAGGACGAGGAGGAAUUUCUUCUGAGGCACCACCUUGCACACCUGCACUCACCAGCUACAGUACCACAACCAGUAGCAGCUGGAGGAGCGGAUGGUGGUAUUGGUGGUGCUGCUGGUGCUGCUGGUGGUGCAUACGCUGCUAUCUCACAGGCAUUGGCGAGUCAACCAGCAAUAGCGGAGGGAGGGUUGGCCCUGCUGGCCUCGCUGCCACACCUCACCUCUCUCAGCCUACAAAACGUGCCGCUGUCCACACGCGGCAUGCUGCGUCUGCGCCAUCUCACUCGCCUGCACCACCUCUCCCUCUCCUCCUCUGCUCUCAGCCCCCGCCGCUUCCUCUCCCUCCUCGCUUUUUGUCCAUGCCAUCACCUGUGCCUCUCCUCACUGCACAUCACCGCUCACCACCUCUCCUCCCUCCGCCUGCACCCCACAGUCCGCCUCCUCGACUCCUCCCUCCUCCCCUCCCUCUCUGCCCCACACGCUACGGCUCUUGCCAAUCAGCUGGCGCCACGUGUCACUGUGCUGCAUGCGUUUGAUAGCUCUAGCUGCCCAGGGGAGUUGAUGCUGCAGCAGCGGGGAGAGGACAGGAAGGGAGGGUGCAGGGGGGGGAAGCAAGAGAGGAGGGGGAGAGAGGGGGGCAUGGAGAGCAAACAGGAGGGAGGAGGGGUGGAGGGAGAGGAGGGGAGUGAGGGGCAGCAGGUGGAAGGAGGGCAGAUGGGGAAAGGGUCAGAUGGCAGUGAUGGGGAGAAGGAGCAGAGGGGGAAGGCUGGGAUGGGUGAGAUUCGGGCAUGUGGUGCGAUGGGCAGAUGGACAGCAGGGGGCAGAUGUAAAGCAGAUGAGAGGCGCAAAUUCACCCCAUCUGAGCUCAAGUCGUUGCGAGGUGCUGCCCAAGCGCUGCAGCUCCAUGUGCCGCUGCCACCGCAGCUAACCGGCACAUGGUAA